GGCGCGUCCAUAAAAACCCAGGAGUCACGCGUGUGUGUUCACCAGUUGAAUCGCAGUGGAGUACGGACAGGUGCACCGUGCCCUGCUCCUGUCACUAUCGGAUAAUGAACUGUUUGGCACGUCUCGUCGCAGGGCUUCCUCUUCUUCUGCACUUUGGACAUUUAUUUCUGACUUGAUUUCUUCCACACCCGCGCGUAAAAAUGCCUUUUCCGCCGAUCAGCCUGCACCAACGGAUCUCUUCUCCUGGCAGGGAUUUAUUCGGGAAGAAGAAAACCAGCGCCGUGCCUCCUCCUCAGUCUGAGCUCACCAGCAAAUCCGGAGCCGAUAAGGUGUCCGAAAAGGAGAAACCACCGUCGUCUUGGACAUCUGCAAAUUUACGCAAUCUCGGGAGAAAACCUCAACAGGAGAAGAGCAAAAGUCCAGUUCAGAAACAGGACGAGCCUCAGGGAAAAUGUUCUUGGCUGGCUGUACCCAAACCUCAGGAACAACCGUGCGAAGUGGUGAGACGCUCUACUUCUAUGGACUCAGCUAAACAACAGGGUAAGGACGAAGCCAAGAAGGACAUUCAGUUUACUCUCAGUCUGACUCCAGAAGCCAUACUCGUUAUUCAAAAGCGCAACUUGGAAAAGCAAAUGAUGGCCAAGCAGCAGAAGUGUUGCGCUGCAGCGGACUUUCGGCACAGGAGAGUGUUCCCCUCCAAAAAGACGCAAGGGGGAGGCAAAGGAUGCGUCCCCGGCGCGUGUAAACCGGACCCCCUAGAACAGGACAUUACAGCUAUAGUUAAAAUCUCACUUUUAAAUGACCAAUAUAAGUACGAUGAUGUGGAGUAUGAAGAUGAAGACGGGGAUGUAGAUGAGACGGUUGUGAGAAAAUGUAAAGAGUGGCUGAAAGGGGUCGAAAACGCUGCUGCUUUGGGGAAAGUGGACAAACUCUCUGCACUUCCGCACCUUAAAGGAUGCUGACACCUGAUACUCGGAGUCUUUUGUUUAUCUGUGGACUUUACAUAAUGCCUCUUGUAAUGGCAUCUCAAUUAGACUCAAAAUAAGUGUGCGUAAAAGAAAGAAAGACUCGUUCCAAGAAUUAAGUGUCAAAUUGUCUUUUAAAAACUCAAACUAGGCUAUUAAUGCAAAAAUGCGUAAUUCUGCACCCAAGUAUUGCUGUGUGCUCUUCUUGAGGAGGCUGAUUGUUUGCCUAUAUGUCUCUUACUAUUUAAACACCUUAAUAAUAUUAUCCUUUGCACAUGUUUAUGUUGUCAGAGGGGCGCAUGCGGAUUGGCUCUCGUGGAAAAAAAAACAAGGAUGUGAGUUGGGAUACGUUUCUUUGUGCUGAAGACAAAGCAGCUCUUUAUGCGUCUGCCUCUGAAACCAAACGCUAUUGUUGACUUUCUCUCCUCAUAAUAAGAGGGGUCUAUGGAUUUCUCAGUAAUGUACAGUAUUUAAUAUUGACCAAAUAUUUGUACUGUCACUGCUGAAUAUUUUAUGCCUUUUGAAGUAAAAUGUUUUGUAAUUAUUUAAA